GGGCUGCGGGAAGGUGGAUGACAACCAGCUGAGCCGGCGGAGUGGUGGCGGGAAAGCUGGCGGGGCCUGUGUCUUCGGGUGUGGGAGGCCCAGCUGGGUUUUUUUUGUUGUUGUUGGUUUUUUUUUGUUUGUUUGUUUUUAAAGAAUCCCCCCAAAAUGUAACCCUAGAAAAAUCAGGCCUCUGCUUCAGUCCUCCAAGCCCCGCCCCCAGACUGUGUAGGCAGCGGGGCGGAGCCUAAGCUGAUUCCUCUCCCGGGAACUCAGCUGGAUGUAGCCAGCCUGGUGGACAUAGAACUUCCAGGUCUGUGUCUAAAGAUGGAUUUUAAAAUUGAACACACUUGGGAUGGUUCUCCGGUGACGCAUGAGCCAGUGUUUGUCAGGCUGAACCCAGGUGACGGAGGAGUGAUGUUGAAAGUUAGUGCUCCAUUUUUCAAUGAUCCUCCAGCCCCGCUUGGAGAACCAGGAAAGCCUUUCAAUGAACUGUGGGAUUAUGAAGUUGUAGAAGCAUUUUUCUUGAACGACAUAACUGAACAGUACUUAGAAGUUGAACUUUGCCCCCAUGGACAACAUUUGGUGCUUUUAUUAUCUGGAAGAAGAAAUGUCUGGAAACAAGAACUUGCUCUAUCAUUCGAAGUAUCCAGAGGAGAGACAAAAUGGGAAGGCAGAGCUUAUCUUCCUUGGAGUUAUUUUCCACCAAAUGUGACAAAAUUCAAUUCAUUUGCAAUUCAUGGAUCAAAAGAUAAAAGAAUCUAUGAAGCUCUUUACCCUGUACCUCGGCAUGAACUACAACCAGGACAAAAACCUGAUUUCCACCGUCUGGAAUACUUCAAGCCUUUCAAUUUUAACACACUGCUGGGAGAAGAAUGGAAACAACCAGAAUCUGACCUGUGGGCUAAUAGAGAAACCUGAUGUAUAGGAGUAUAGUAGAUGACCAUAUCAAUCCUUUCCUCUCUAUACCUUUUAAGGUAAAUCUUUCUAUAUAAUAAAAGCAUGGUAUGCAAAUUGUCCCCUUGACCAGGAGUUGUGUGGGAGUUUGAUAAGAGUGUGGGGCCAGGCACGGAUAAGGUAGGGAGGCCCUGGCUGGCAGUCAGUAGCCACUAGGGACCCAACCAGUGCAUGAAUUUUGUGCACUGGGCCUAUAGUAAUAAAUAUAGUCUCUUUCAAGUAUAAUGUGAAAAAAUUUCAACAAUAAAUAUUUUUGUAAAGGUCAAUGAAAAUAUAGUAUCUCUCUGACAAAUUUUAUACAAAUUAACAAGAAAGUGGAAAGUUUAUAGAUUAUUAUAUCUAUGAAGUUAAUUUUUUCACAGUCAUUUUGUCCAGGAGCCACAGCGUCAGUGAGUUCUGUCAUCUUUGCAUCACUCUUACACCAAAUAUCCCUGACUUGGUCAAUAAAAUCAUUAUUUCUCUUCCCACUUCCCUUACCUAGCCAGCCUGAGAUAGGAAAAUCUUAUUUUCACACUUUUGAACUCCAUGUACAUUAAUUCCUUACUCAGAAUCUUUUGUCCAUUCUUGAACUGGUUGGAAAACAAGUAUAUAUUUCAGUCGAACAGGAAAUCCACAUCUGUUAAGGCAUCAUCAAGAUACAUCAAGAUACAUCAUCAAGAUACAUGUUAAAUUAGCUAUUUUUCUUGUCUUAUGACUAUUUUUACUUUGUAGAAGAAAUGGAAUUCAGGUAACAGUUUCUGCUUUUAUUUAUAAAGAAAUGCCAUUUUCUGAAUGCUAGUAAGUUGAAUGUACUCAUUUUAUUUUGUAAACAUCAAAACAUCAUGGUCCACAAUUUUUAAAAUUUCUGUUAUAACAUAUUUCAGAGCUAGAAGCCAUCUAGUAAAUCAUUUAUGAACUCGACCGGUUCCUUCUUCAGCAUUCUAAACUCAAAAAUUAGCAGUUUUACAGAAGAAACUUGAAAAAAACAAAUCUUUAUUGUUGAAAGUAUUACAUCGACCCCUUCUAACCCAACCCUGCCCCCCACCCCAGGCCUUCACCACACUAUUGUCAGUGUCCAUGGGUUAUGAAUAUAUACAUACAAGUUCUUUGGUUGAUCUCUAGAAACUUGAUUACUUAUGCAGAUAUCUACUUCCUACCCACUACAUACUUUCUCCUGUUCUUUACUGACAGAACAUUAAUUUUUAGGGGCUCUACUAAAAAACUACAUUUUCCAAGAUUCCUUUGUAGAUAGAAACGACUCUAUAAGACAGUUCACAGCAGUGAGAGAUGAGUAUGUAGUGUUUGCUGGGGCUUAAAGAAAAGGCGCUUUAAAGAUGAAAGACUCAGCUGCCAGACACGCUUUGUCCUCCCCUUUCUUUUUCCUGAGUUGCAGAAUGGAUUCCUGAGGUAACACACUAGCUUCAUUGUGUCAACAAGGAGCCAACCCAGGGAUAGGUAGUUGAGUGGAAAGACAAAGGAGCCUGGGUUCCUAACUAUGCAGUGGAGGAAUCUAUCUGGACUGUCCAGCUAUACAGGAGAAAAUAAAUGUCUAAUUUGUUUCCCCAGAGUGAUCUAUUGAUUCAAUGCAAUCCAAGUUUAAAAUCCUAGAAGGCUUUUUUGGGAUAGAAAUUGACAAGCUGAUUCAAAUUUUGUGUGGAAAUGCCAAAACAAUUUUGAAAAACAUAAUGAAGUUGGAAGACAUAUCGAUAUACUAACUGGAUCAAGACUUGUCACUAGUCUUCAAUAGUGAAGCAUAUGACCUUAGCAUAAAUUUAGACACAUAUAUCAAUGGGACAGAUAGACAAACCAGGAACAGAACUAUCUAGAGUCAGUUGACUUGUGACAAAGGUGCCAAUGCAUUUAAGAGGAAAAGGAGAGUCGUUUCAACAAAUGGUGUUGGAAUAACUGGGGAAAAUAUGGGGGGGGAAAUGAACCUUGACCUCUAACAUAUUAAAAAAGAAAAAAGAAAAAGAAUCUAAAUGUAACUGGUGAAAUAAAAAAUUCUGGGAGAAAAUCUUUACAAUCUGAAAAAUAACAAAAAAAAAUUUCAAAUAGGACAUAAAAAGCACUCACUAAAGUAGAAAAAUAAAUAAAUUGGACUUCAUCAAAAUUAAAAGCUCAUAAGAAAUCUUCAGUGAGAAUGUGAAAAAGUCAAAAAUUGGGAUAAAAUAUUCAAAAUGCAUAUCUGCCAGAGGACUCUUGCAGAAUAUGCAGAAUACUGGGUGUCAGUAUUAAAAAGACAAGCCAGUUAAGGAGCAAAAGAGUUGGACACUUCCCAGAGGAAAACAUACAAAAGGCCAGUCAGUAUAUAGAAAGGCUCACAAACUCACUUAUCAAAGAAAUGUGAAAACCACAGGAAGAUGCUACUGAAUGACUAAAAUUUCAAAAACAACAGCUAACUGGCUAAAAA